AUGGAGGCCCCAAGGCCCUUUGCGCGGGAAUGGUGCGCCCAAUCACUUCCCCUGACGCGAGGAGGCCUCUUGAAGCUGCGGGUCUGGGAACUCUGGCUACUACUGCUGGAUUUCGGUUUGAACGCGGAACUUCCUCACGAAGAGGACGUACACUUUAUCAAUGAGUACGUGAACGUCCACAAUGAGCUCCGGGGCAACGUCCUCCCCCGAGGGUCUAACUUGCGCUUCAUGACUUGGGAUGUAGCUUUGUCACGGACUGCUAGAGCAUGGGGGAAAAAAUGUGUGUUUGAACAUAAUAAUCAUUUAGAAGAACUAAACAUGGCCCAUCCUAAAUUUAAUGGUAUUGGUGAAAAUAUAUGGGUCGGACCUGAAAAUGAAUUCACUGCAAGUAUUGCUAUCAGAAGUUGGUAUGAAGAGAGGAAAAAGUACCGUUUUGAAAAUGACAGUUGCUCUAGUGACUGUUCUAAUUAUAAACAGCUUGUUUGGGACACAUCUUACAAAGUUGGUUGUGCUGUUACUUCAUGUACAAGAGUUGGACGUAUUAGAUAUGCAGUGAUUUUCAUAUGCAACUAUGCACCAGGAGGAUCUCUGUCGAGAAGGCCUUAUAAACCAGGAAUAACUUGUGCUCGAUGUAGCAAAUAUGACAGAUGCACAGAUUUUCUAUGCAGUAAUGCAGAUCGUGACCAAUCCGUAUAUUACCGAUUCUGGUAUCCCAGAUGGGAAGUUCCCCGGCCAAUUGUGUGUGAUCCACUGUGCUUAUUUACUUUCUUUCUGAGAAUGUUAUGUUUUUCAAUAUGUAUCAUAGUUGUUUUGAUAAUACAGUCUCGGUUUCCAAAUAUAUUAUUGGAAGAAGAGAUGAUAUUUGCCCCUGAAGUAACCGAGGUAGAGCCAGAAAAUUUACAGGAAGAAGACAGGGAAAAGGCGGAGGAAGUGGAGGAAGAAGAAGGAGACAAAGAAAAGAAGGAGGGAGAG